CAUAACCUUUUAUUUCCCCACAUUUUUCUGGUAUUUUCUCUGAUCACUUUUCAAGUGAGCGUGUCAGGGUUAAAUUAAUUCUGUGUCUUUUAUUUUUCUACAGUAUAGUAGUAAAUUGUCAUUACUUUGAGGAGUAUAUAUAUUCAGUGAAAAGUUGAGACUUAAUAUUCUGCAUCGCUUUCAUGAAGCGCUUAAGUGCCUCCUUCAAGCUUCUGGACAACUUAUUUGAGAACACCGACAAAACUAUCGUUCCCACUCCUUUCAACUGGUUGUACAGCUCUGCUCCCAAUUUUAAAAUUAAAGGUGAUCAGAUUGCUGUUUUGCAUGAGCCGAAAGAUUUCUAUAAUGAACUUCUGGAGCGCUGUAGCACCUCCCAAAAUCGUAUCAUAUUCUCAUCAUUGUAUCUUGGUUGUGGAUCCAAGGAAGAAAAAUUGGUGUCAGUCAUCGAGUCCCGCCUGAAAAACACCAGUUCUAAUCUGCAAGUUUCAAUUUUAUUGGAUGCUAACCGAGGAUCCCGGGGCGAAAAAAAUUCUAGGCACAUAUUACUACCUCUGCUACUUUACCAAAAAAAUUGUCAGGUGUCUCUGUUUCACUCACCUAAUUUACGAGGUCCACUCAAACAAAUCCUGCCAGCUCGAUUCAAUGAAUUGCUUGGACUUCAGCACAUGAAGUUUUACAUUUUUGACGAUAGCGUCCUCAUCACUGGAGCAAAUUUAAGUCAUGAUUAUUUUACAAACCGACAAGAUCGUUACAUACUCAUCUUAAAUUGCAAACCAUUGGCUGAUUUCCUUGCUGGUUUGGUUGAGUGUGUGAGUCAGAUCUCAUUUCAACUGGACCAAGACAACAAUGUCUCCCUUCCCGAGAAAUCGAAAUUCCAUCCCUUCAACGAUAGCAAAGAGGAAUAUGUCAAAGCUGGACACGAUCUCAUCUGGAACUAUUUUGUCAAUUCUAUGCAGUCAGAAGGUACACCUGCUGAAGAGGAAUCAGAGAAUGAUACGGUCAUAUUUCCCCUAUUGGAGAUGCCACCUUUCGAUAUCCAUCAUGACAGUGUUGUCACGAAGCACUUAUUAGACAUGGCACCCGCUGGCGCAGAGAUUCAUUUGGCAACAGGAUAUUUUAAUCUUACCAAUGAGUAUGUGGACUCGUUGGUAAAUCAGUCCAAAGCAGCAGUCAAAAUCCUCAUGGCUCAUCCAACAGCAAAUGGAUUUCUGAAUGCAGCCGGAGUAGCAGGUGGAGUCCCAUAUGCUUACACAACCCUGGCCAGUAAUUUUUUACAUAAUAUUGAGAGGCAUCAAGCAACCAACCGCAUUCAAAUUUUUGAAUUUCUGAGGUCAGGCUGGACGUUCCACUCCAAAGGUCUUUGGUAUACACUGCCGCAGGAAUCCACCCCACAUUUAACGCUUAUUGGAUCAUCUAAUUUUGGUUCUCGAUCAGUAACGAAAGACUUGGAAAUGCAGGUAGCCAUUGUCACCACUAAUUCAAAACUACGAGAAGUUUUGGCACAAGAAAGGGACCGUUUGUACCAGUCAGGUCUGCCUUUCACAAGAGAAGUUGCGGAUUCACCUUCAAGGCGCUCUCCUCUCUGGGUGAGAUCUACCAGUCGAAUUUUCAAGAAUUAUUUUUAACUGCUGCAUUUGUACGUAUUGUUUUGUUUAUUGUUAUUGUGUUCAUGAAACAAAGUUUCUCUUUGUCUCACUUUUCCUGCC